UUGACUUACUUUUAAGUCAUGGAAGUUUUAUUUUUUAGGACAUGAAUUAUAGUAUGUCACACAUUCAUUGCAUCACAAACCUCAAGUAAGCUCACAUGAAAAACACUGUCAUGUAAUAGAUGUACAGAUUGAGCGAACGCUAAGAGAUUUUGACUACAUGAGGCUGAAGCCUCUGAGAUCACUGAAGUUUCUGCAUGUUGUCCAUCCUCAUCCUUCACAUCCCAGCAUAGGAUAGCUUCACUUUUUGCAUGCCCUGACUCCUCCCCCUCCAUGCCUUUGGCCCCUCCCACCCCUGAAAUUCGCUUGCGAAAACUGGUUGAUGAGAGGGAAAACUUAAUAGAGCAGGUUAAGAGAUUGAAAGGUCAGCUUGAGCAGAAGAAACAGAAGAAUGGUAUGGAGGAUUCGUCCAGCCCAGAGGGAGAUGUGCUGGAGAACGGUGCUGACUCCAACAUCAUGGAUAUACAGAGGGAUGCAAACAGACAAAUCAAUGACCUCAAAUUUAAGCUUGUCAAAUCAGAGCAAGAAGUCACAGCACUUGAACAGAAUGUCACAAGGCUCGAGGGUCAUGUGACCCGUUACAAAUCUGCAUCUGAAAAUGCAGAGAAGGUGGAGGACGAACUCAAAGCUGAAAAACGCAAACUGCAGCGAGAGUUGCGCUCUGCACUGGACAAGAUUGAAGAGUUGGAGUCCAGUAACAGCCACCUCUCGAAAAGGCUGGAGAAGAUGAAGAGUGGCCGGGGAACAGCAACAACUCCCUAAUGGUUUCAGAUCUAUCCCAUCAU